UUCUCAGUCUCGUUUCAAAGCCAGUCGCGCAAAGAUUGUUAAUUGGCAAGUCAGAACCAAGCUCAGAAUAUGGAGAACAUUCGAUUUGUGGGAUCAGCCCUCAGGGCUCUCAUGCUCGGCAGCCUGCUGCUCCUGAUGACCGCCAUUUACCGGGAGGACAACAAUGCCGGAUCCCACUACAUCCAUCCAAGACACACCAUGCAGUGACUCCGCCGGAAUCUCUGAAUACGGAUUUACAAUGCUAUCUAUUCCGCUGCCACCAAGCCGCUCGAUAAUGCGCCAGAAUAACCGGUUGCGUUUGUUGCCGGUUCGACGACUUAUCGUCAUAUCGACGCACUGCAAAAAUAACAUUAUCAGUAUACACUGCGAAAGCGGCAGUAGAAAUAGAAGUUCUUUAAAACUCUUCCCCUCGUAAAAUAGUAUUACCUUGUAUAUAUAGUUUAUAACUCUAAACCUUAAUCACAUAAACUAUGAAUAUAUUUUCUGUUGUGUUAGUGCUCGAA